AUGGCUGAAGUCUCAUCGCCCGUACUUUCCAACCAUCAUCACAACGGAGAGUACGGUAACGGAGAUAGGUAAAUUCGUCGCCCAGUCGCAUGUUCCCGAUUCACCAACCGUUUUUUAACAUUCAAUCUGAUUAAAUUCACUGUUAUUUGUUUUUUCAUACAUUUUUCUCGCCUCGAAUCCACAUUUUUUGAAGAUUGCAUUGAAAAGCACAACACACUCCGUCCAUCCAACAUUUUAUCCGUCCCACGCAUGAAUUAUGUGUUCUUUUUCGAUUCGAAAGUAUGGAUUUUCCGUAUUUUUAGCGCUUACGGAUCGCAGGAUUCGGGUAUGAACUCCUCGAACGGUAACGGCAAGGUGACAGAAGAGUUCAGCAAUGGCGACGUUAAGAAGGAGGUGCGGGGUCGAUUUAUUUAUCAUUUUUUCUGUGUAUUUAUGAGAGGAGGGGGGGUUUAAAAAUUUUUUUACUACUUUUUUUGAAUAAGAAAGUUACCAAACAUUGAAGAUACGUUUUCUUUUUUUAAAAAAAUUGGAAGCUGUUCAGGUAAAAGUUUCCAGGAUUUUUUUAUUUUUUUAGGAAAAAAAUUGAGCGAAAUCAGUGUUUAAAUAGAUAUUCUAUACAUCAUUCACACAGAAAAUCGGGUUUAAAACAACAAAAAAAAGCAAAAAUAUUGUUCAUUCAGCAUUUACUUUCAUUUUUGCGAUCCUUACGGUUUUAGAAAACCAUCGGAAUUCAUUAAAAUUUUAAUUUCAUUCAUUUUUCUCUGAAGCCAGAAAGUUAUACAGUUAUACACGUUGAAAUUUUCAUUUUUCCACUCUAGAACAUUAAAAAAAGUUCUUGAAAAUUUGAAAAAUAAAAGAAAAAUGAAAAUCGAAACCUCAUAACGCAAACCGAACGAGUCUUGGAGGUCUCUGAACGAUUCUAGUGGCCCUUUUAGCGGCAGUACUCUUAAGUGAUCCCUUGAAAUGCUCAGAAACGUCCGGGACGCUUUCCGAGUUGUAUUUUCGGGUUCAGAACGAUUCUGCGAUAUUCAAAAUAGCCGUCAGAAAAUGAAAAAGACAACUUAUUUUUGGAGAGUCAGAGAUAAUUUUAGAUUUCGCGGAAAUUACUUUGAACACGGCGUAAAGAACCAAAAAUAUUUGUAUCUAAAUCUACUCAUUUCUUUAAUUUCUACGAAAAAAAGAUGUUUUAAAGGUGAAAGACGAGGCGGUCAACUCGGACGACGACGUGCCAUGGGGUCAGUUGAUGGAGCGGGAGAAGAAAAAGAAGCAAAACGGUCGAAACGCCGGCUUCCGAGAAGAAAAAGGAGAAGAAAAAGCGGAAAGCCGAGUCCGACAGUGAGGACGAGUACAAGCCUGAGGUAGUCAUGAGAAAAAUGAUACCAAAAAUCAAAAAAUGAUUUCAAGAAGAAGAGAAAAAGCAAGUCGAAGAAGGCGGACAGUGAUAGUGAGGACGAUUAUAAGCCUGAGGUUCGUUUUUUCUGAAAAAAAUUCAUAAAUUGUUUUUUUGUGGGCAUUUUGUAUUGUGAAAAAUUUUGAAAUUUCACUUUUUUUCUUUUUAAAAAGUUUGGAUCUCAAAUUUAAGAAUUUUUUUAGAAAGUAAGGAAAAUUUUAAUCAUUUUUUUAGAUCAGUUCAAUCAAUUUUUUUCUACAGUGUCGGAAUUGAAGUUUACAAAAUUUACAUGGUUAGCCUAUCAAUUGAUUUUUGACUUUUAACAGUUCUCGUUACUUCAAAAUCUUCAAAUUUUCAGGUUUUUUUUAAAUAGAAAAUGUAAAAAAUUCAUCUAGUGAUUCAGAAUCAGAACGAUUUUGAAGCUUUUUUUUCAGUUUAAAUUUUUUUAAACGAUAUAGAUAGCCUUUGAACUAGCUGAUCCUUGAAAAUUAGUUCAAAAUAAGUUCUUUAUUUUAAAAAUUUUCAAAAAUAGUAAAAUUAGCCUUUGAGUUCAUAUUUAAAAAAAUUAGCUCAAAAAGUUUGAUAUUUGAAGGUUUAAAUUUUGGCAAAUUUUUUUAGAAAAAUGAAGAGAAUUUUUUUAAAUCAUAGUUUUUUUCAUGAAUCUUUUUCGAUCAAGUAGUUUUUUUGAAGUUCAAAAAUGGAAAUAUUCAAAAAUUAACUUUGAAUUAGUCGUUUAUUUCAUUGUUGAAGUUAGCUCCAAAAAAAUUUGUUGCGCCUUUUUUUUGAAAGUUUAAAAAUAAUUUCUGAUUUUUUCGAAAAGUGUUCCUUUGGUUGCUUUGGUGGUGGCUUAUUUACCCUUAAACAUGAUAUGUUUCCCUUUAAAACGCACUUUUUUUCAAUAUUUAUUCAGUUUUAACUGUUUUUCGUGCACCCUAACCUUGUGUUUCGUUUUUUCAAGCCGAUGGAGGAAGAAGAAGGAAAAGGAGACUAUGAAGACGACGACGACGACGUCCCCCUCUCCGUCAAGUACGGAACUCCGGAACCCAGCUCGGCCAAAAAAUCCAAGAAAAAGAAGAAGAAAGUCUCGGAAUCAGAUGACGAGGACGAUUCCGACGAUGACAUGAUUGAGAAGAAAAAGGUUUCCCCCGGGGCUUUUUUGGGUGCUGCGACAAGGGCGAGGUUUCCAUUUGAUUCUGUUAUUUUAGAACACAAAGUUGAUCAUUUUUAACUGUUUCAUGUCCAUAUAAUCAGUUUCGAUGGACUUUAAAAUGGAAAAAAAGGCGCCCUUGUCGUGGAACCAUUUUUUGUGGUGCUGGUGCUGGUCUGGCUGUGUUUUUUCAUUCAUUCACUUUUUUUUUCACUCCGAAAAAAUGCUUUCUGUAGGAAACCUAAAAAAGAAGAACUUUUUCGCAUUUUCAUUUUCAUACAACUAAAUUCCUCACUUCUUGGGCCCCAAUAAUUAUUCAAAAACCCUGAAAAUAUCAAUUUCUUGCUUUCAAACUUGAUAAGAUCUCCAUUUAUUUCUAUAAAAAAAAUAAGUUUCAUACAAGAUUCUGAAUUUUUCAAAUGGAUAAGGACUGUUUUUGAAGAUAAGAUUUUCCAUAUUAGGUUCAUCGAAAAUCGUAUUAAUAAGCUUGAAAAUGACCAGUAUAGAACAUGUCUUCUAAAACGUUCAUUUCCUUCAGUUUUCAUUCAAUUUCAUCUUGAAAUUCCAGUAAAUUUUCAAUUUAUUUCAUUAGAAAAUUGAGUUUAGUGUAUUUCAAGUACAGGAGAAGUCGAAAAUUAUUCCAAAUUUUGAUUUUUAGGAAACUAUUCAGUUUUAGGAUUUUUGAGGCUGGUCAGACUUCUUCAGUGAUUAUGAGGGACUUGGUUAUGCCUAUUUCCUUUUUUUUUUUGUUGAAGAAUAAGAAGGAUUUUCGUUAAUUUUGUUUUCUCUAAAUUUAUACGAUUUUUAGUAACUUUUCAUUCCUUUUUUUCUUCCCUGCUGAAUUCUGCGUUUUUCUAGAAGAAGAAGGAGAAAAAGGAGAAAGAGUCAAAGUCGAAGUCGACGCCGAGUUCGAAGCCCAAAAAGGAAGUGAAGCAGGAGACGUCGCCAGUGAAACGGAAAAAGAAGGAGGAAGAGCCGGAAGAAAUUUGGGAGUGGUGAGUUUUCGAAAAAGUCAGAAAAUUUCGAAAAUGGAGUUUUGAACUCAUUUUUCCGAGAAAUUGAUCAGUUUCUGGGUUUGAUUCGAAAGAAAAUGAUCAGAAAUAGAGUGAAAAUUGAGAAGAAGGUAUUUAAAAAGUGGUCAGUGCAUUUACAGCCUCUAAGCGUUACUUUUAAUCAUUUGAUGCCAAUGAUCGAAAGUCGCUUUAGGUCGGGCGCAAAUUCCAUCCGUAAAUUUGGAGUUAUAAGCUUGGGAAAAAAGUAUUUUUAGGCUCAGAAAAUUUCGAAAUUGAUGUUUUAUUGAUUUUUAAUUUUCAUUUGUGUUUUGCAGCAAGUUUUUUGGCGAAAAAUUAGAGUUUUGAACUGAAAAACAGAAAAAUUUCACAGUCGUCAUUUUGGCGCGUUUCACGAUCAUUUUGGCACCUUUCCAAACAGAAAAUAGCUCCCAGAUAACGUCCCGACUCGUGCUUUGAACCAUUCGAAUUUUGAAAAUAUUUGUCGUCCCUCUGUUCCAAUGUUACCUGUUUUCGCGGUUUCUAAUCUGCGUUGAAACUGUUUUCCUCGGGCGUCAGCUGCUGGUUCUGCACUGUUGCGAUUCGAAAAUCUGAUAAGACCGUUCAACUUUUUGUUUUGCAACUGGAAUGUCGUCGAAUUUCCUGGCUGCUCCCCUUGGGGCGAACUUGCGCCGAAGCUCCAGCUACAGUAUGCUCGGAGACCUGGACGACGAGGACUUCAAGAUUCUUUGCGUCGAGGAGGAAGACAGUGGGGUAGACCAUUUUGAGGGGGACAGUGAUGAGCCGGAGUUUCACGAGACAAGGUUCAUUUUUGGCUUGUCCUAUGCUCUUCAUGUAUUGUUUUUUUUUAGUUUUAAAUUAUUUUCUUUGCAUUUGAAGCUUCGUAAAUAGUGCCGGAGACGGAAUUUUUGAAAAUUCAUCAAUGCUCGUUCAAUUAGAUUAGCGAGGAUUUUUUGUCUUCUACAUGGUUUUUUUUUGCCGAGAGAAAUUUUUUCUUUUUCAUUUUUCAUUUUUGGCUUGUCCUGUAUUGUGCCGAAAUUUAUGCACUGUAAUUUGUUGGAUUUGAACUUUUUGUUCGAAAUGCCUUGCUGUGGCGUUUGAAGAUCCGGAAAAAGCUGAGCGCUUCGAGAUUUUUUUUCAAGUCAUCGAUGCUCCUUUUAUUAGAUUGGCGCUGAUUUUUCAUUUUAUUAACUGUUUUUUCGGAUUAAAAGAGCUUCGGGAGUCUCAGUUCAACUGUUUUUGCUCCUCCUUGGAUUAAGGGUAUUUUAAGCGAUUUUUGUUCAAAAAAUGCGGUUUAAUCAAAAUUCCCAUCUACUGUGUUUCACCAUUUUCGAAUCACAGAUGUUUGAUUUAUAGCAAAACUUUCGCCGAGAUAAAAUCUUCCUGAUAGAUAUCUCACUAUUUCAAGGUUAAAAUUCCAACAAUUUCUUUAUUCGACAAAAAAAAAACGAUUUUUCCUCUUUAGGUGGAAGGAAGAAAAGAAGCCGGCUGGCGUGAAAUGGAACAGUUUGGCGCACAAAGGUCCACUUUUCGCCCCGGAUUAUGAGCCCCUUCCUGACCACGUUCAUUUCAAGUACGAUGGAAAGGUGAGAAAACAUUUCAGAGGCCUUGGAAAUUGACAAUUUCCCCUUUGAAGGUCUACAAACUGUCCCCGGAAGCCGAAGAAGUCGCCGGUUUCUACGCCAGGAUGAUCGACCACGAGUACACCACGAAAGAAGCCUUCAAUAAGAACUUUUUCAAGGAUUGGCGGAAGGUAAAUGGGUUGGAGAAUUUUGGGGAAAGUGCGCUCCAUCAAAACCUAAACAAAAAAAAAUGAACGAAUGAGAAAAAAAAAACUGCGGAGUAGGCGAGAAAAAAUAAAAUAUUUCCAGAAGGAAGCUAGCCUUAUUUGAAGAAUUUUAUUUUCGAAAAGCCUUUGGAAAGUGCGCUCCAUUGAAGUUCACAGGAUAAAUAUGGAAAAUAUUUAGAAAAUUGACGACUAGGCACAAAAAAGUAAAAUCUCAUCCCAAAAACGUUCAUUUUGACUCGAAAAAUCCACUUAAAAAUACGAAAUUAUUCUCAAAUGUUCUGUCAAAAAUACUUUGAGAUGGGGCGGAAAAUUCCCCUUUUUUUCUUAAGCUUUUUCAAAAUUUGGUGUUUUUUUUUCUCUCUCCUAGAACGAGUAGCAUUGUGAUGAGCUCAAAAAAAUGUUUUUCUUAAAGGUUAAAUUUUUCAAAGAAAAAAAGCUCUCUUCUAACAGUUGUUGAACAAAAAAAUCUGAAAAAAAUUCAAAAAAAUUCUCAACUUUUGAAACUCUCACAUUACUUAACCAGUUGAUGAUUGAAAAGCAGGUCGUAUGGAAAUUUUUUUGCAAUUUCUAAGUUUAUUUUUAUUUAUAAAUUUUAGGUGAUGACGUCAAAAGAAAGAGAACACAUAACGGACUUGAAAAAAUGCGAUUUCGGCGUGAUCGACGUCUAUUACAAGGAACAGUCGGAAAUCCGAAAGGCCAUGACAAAAGAUCAAAAGCUGAAGAUCAAGGUAGGCUUGAAGAGAGAAAAAAUUGAAAAAGAAAUGGUUCUUAGGAAGAACGAGAAGCUGAGGUGAAGAUCUUCGGGUUCGCCUUCAUCGACGGCCACAAACAGAAAGUCGCCAACUUCCGGAUCGAACCCCCCGGAUUGUUCCGCGGACGAGGAGGCCAUCCGAAAAUGGGGAUGCUCAAGAAACGGAUACAACCGGAGGAUGUCAUCAUAAACUGCUCCAAGUGCGUAGAGAUUUUUAGAAGAGCUCAAAAAAAUAUAAUAAGGAUUUUUGAUGAAGCUCUCUUAAUUUUUUUAUCAUCUGAGCUUUAACUGAGGGGAGAAAGUUUUUAAAAGUCAUUGAUUUCGUUAAUAACUGCUUGAACUGGGUAGAAAUUCCAGUAAAAUUGAAGUUUUCAUUCGAAGAAAAUAACUCAAAAAAGGAUGAUGUUUUGAAAAUUAGGUAAUUUACGAAAUCCUCGUAAUAGUGAGCUUUUUGAGAGUGUAGAAAAAAAUUGAAAAAGCUUGAAAUAUUAAGAAUUUGAGGAUUUUAUUAGGAACUACUCAGAACGGCUGGAGAUUCGAAAAAUUUGAAUCAGCUCAUUUUGAAGAGAAAAAAAUGCUUUUUUUCAUUUUUCUCAAUACACGAUUUAUCUAAGAAAUAUAAAAAGAAAUCACGUAAACUUUAAUUUUUUCUAACAGGAAUUUGGAUUUUGUGAAAAUCCGAUUAUUUUUUUGCGCAAUCGGAAGUGAAUCUUUCAUUUUCGAAAAGUUCAAAAAAGGAUUCACUUUACUAGAGAACGUUUUUCAAAAAAAGCUCCCUGGUUAGAAAUAUAGGAAUUGGAGAAGAAAAUGUAAAAAAUUGAUGCGAAGAUGAACACGGAAAAGUAAAGAGUACAAUAAAAACUGCCCCUUCAAAAAUUUCUUAUUAAAGGGACAGCGCGAUUCCCGAGCCACCAAAAGGUCACAAAUGGAAGGAGGUCCGACACGACAACGCGGUCACGUGGCUCUGCUCCUGGACCGAAAAUGUCCUCGGCCAGAACAAAUACAUCAUGUUGAAUCCGUCGAGUAAAAUCAAGGUUCCACGAGAAGAAAUCCCAUCAAAAACCGUGAUAAAAUUGUCCAGGGAGAAAAAGAUUAUGAGAAGUAUGAGACGGCGCGUCGGCUGAAGAAACGCAUCGACAGCAUCCGGGCCGUCUACCAGGAGGACUGGAAAUCCAAGGAAAUGCGAGUCCGACAGCGCGCAGUUGCCCUCUAUUUCAUUGAUAAGGUGAUUGGAGAGAAAAAUCGUAUUUUGGUUCAGAUUUUGUGAAGAGAAAGCGAAUUUUCUACGCAUAGUUUGAAGGAUGUUUUGGAGUUUUUGUAAUUUUGAAGUUGGGUCAUUGAAUUCCGCCAAACACUUAGAUGACAGAAAAAGCUCAAUUUAUUAUAAAAAUACCGUAACUGGAAUACUGUAGCCUUCAAUUUUGAUCCUCUAAGAGAAUUUUGAAUGAAGACCUGCCCGAAAAGAUUGAUCUUUGACUUACCUUUUGGACUCAUUUUCUCGAAAACGAGCGAAUUUUUCAAAAUUUCAAGUAGAUUUUCGGAAUCACAACAAAUUUCUCUAUCUGACGGAUAUUCUUAAAUUGAAAAAAAUCGAUUUUUUCGCUCAGAGUACACUACAAAGUCUCAAAAGUUAUAAAAAAAAAAAAAAAUUGAAGUUGGCUCUUCGUGCGGGUAACGAGAAAGACGUCGACGAGGCCGCAGACACGGUCGGCUGCUGCUCUCUGCGCGUCGAACACAUCAAACUCUACGACAAGAUCAAGCUCAACGACGACGACAAACAUGAAGCCGAGUAAGGAGACAGGUGCUACGAAUAGAAAAGAUUUUUUUCCAUUUCUGUAGAUUACUGUAUAGAUUACUGUAUUACUUUACUGUAUUACUGUAUAACGACCCAAAGUCCGCAUUAGGUUGCCUAAGUUGAAGUCAACAUUCCUUCCUUGAGAUUAGAAGUUUAGAAGUGGAAAGUUUCUCUAGACUUUUGAAAUUUUUGUAAACUAACCCCUCUUCCUGGAGUUUCUACAUGCUCACGUAGGCCUCAUCUGCAUCUCAGAACAUGGAAUGACCUUCAGAAACGUCGUCGAGUUCGACUUCCUCGGUAAGGACUCGAUCCGCUACUUCAACCGGGUGCACGUCGAGAAACGCGUCUACAAGAACCUCAAGAUCUUCAUGGAGAACAAGUCGCCUGGAGAUGAUCUCUUCGAUCGGUUGGAUGUGAGUUGGGGAAUGGGAUAGUUUUGUGGGUGGCGGUUUGAGGGGUUAAUCAUAACGCAAUCUUGAAAAAAUCCUCUAUUAGAAAGAUUUGCAGGGCUCUGAAAUCCCCCUAAAGAACCGUUUUUUUGGUAAAAGCUUGACGGCUGCUCUCGCCAGCUUAACUGUCUUUAAGUUUAUUGGAACUUCAAGAUAAUUUUGGAAUAUUUUUUUCCGCUAGAAAUUUCAAGAUUAUCUCAGAUGAUUUUUCAGAAAUUUCAAAUUUUUAAUAAAUCCCCGGAAAAUUAACAACCUUAUGCCUUGGAAACAGGGCUUGUUAAAAUUUUGAACAUCUAGUUUUCGGUCAAGCUCCGCCCCUAAUGCCGUGAUAAACCAAUGAGAGAGCGGCCCACCCCCAGAGCUUUCUCGAAUGACGUCAUUGUGCUUGAAAUUUUAAACCUGACCAGGCUAUAGACGAAAAUUUGAACCAUGAACAAGAAAUUGGUCCGUAAAAACUGUCUAUACUGUGACAGCCGAAUUUUUAUUCCAUUUUUUGUACCCUUGAAAAUGUUAAGUUUUUUCUAAAUUUCAAGAACUUGAAAGCUCCCUCAACGAAUUAAAAACAAUAAUUUUAUUCCAGACGGCCACUUUGAACGAACAUUUGCGGACUCUGAUGCCGGGAUUGACCGUCAAAGUUUUCCGUACCUACAACGCUUCCAUCACACUCCAAGAUCAGCUCAUGAAGCUCACGAAUCGUAAGAAAAUCGUCUUUUUUUCUAAAUUCUAACACGAUUAACUUUAGCCAAAGACAAUGUCCAUCAGAAGAUGCUUUCCUACAACAGAGCGAACCGACAAGUCGCCAUCCUUUGUAACCAUCAACGGUCCGUCCCGAAGACCCACGAAAAGGCCAUGGAGAACUUGGAAGCCAAGGUGAGCAAUGAGAGGAGAAGCUUAAAAAGGGGGGGGCGAAUGCGAAAAACGAGCAAGUUUCCGAUAAAAAAUCAUCUCCGAAAAGUGAGCUGCGAGAAAAUUUUGUAAUAGGGAUUUUUGCGCUCCAUCGAUAACGCUAGCUAGAGAUCAGGGUUGUUCUCGGGUCAGCCUAGCACGCCCCCCUCUCCCCGCUGCUAUUUUUCCAAGUCCGACCCCCUCCCCCUUCCCCAAGCGAAAUCAGCCGGAUCUGGCGCAAAAAGAGCAAUUUUUUUGAAUUUCUACAAAUAAAGUAUCACUGGGAAAAAAAUUUUUUUAGUUAGAAUAUGAAUUUUUUUCCUUUUUUUCCUUGAAACCUUAUUUAAAGCCCCCCUGCAGUCUCUUAGGUCGAAAGCCCGGUUCGAUGUGAACUUGGGGUUUUUCCUUAAUUUCUCUUAGCCUUACAACUUUAUGUAUGGAUUAUUCAUCGAAUUUUUGUUUUCACCUAGAUAUUUUCAGAUAAAAGACAAGAAAAAGGAGGUUGACGCGGCGAAAAAAGAGCUGGAGCACGCCCGAGGCGCCGCCAAGGAGAAGGCUCAGAAGAAGUACGAUCGUCUGAAAGAUCAGUACAAGCGGCUGAAGAUCAACAGGACCGACAAGGUACUGAUUUCUCGGAUUUCCACCCGAAAAUGUUGCGAGUUCAGGAUGAAAACAAGCAAAUCGCCUUGGGAACCUCCAAGUUGAACUAUUUGGACCCUCGGAUAUCCGUCGCCUGGUGCAAGAAGCACGAUGUUCCCAUUGAAAAGGUGAAAAUUGGACAGAGAACUGGGAAAAAUUGAAAAUGAGGUCCUUUAAACAAGAAGUUCGUCUUGAGACGCAACUGUAAUUUUUGAAUUAUUUGAAAAAUUCGGACCUUUUUGAAUGACGGUCAUUUUUCGGAAGUAGCGAGUCUCUGCAGUCAAACUGAGCUGUGAAAACUCGAAAAAAAAAUUUUUUAAUGAAAAAUUUUACUUUGAUAUGUACAUCUGCAAUUUCCAAAAAUGGUAGACAUUUUAUAUUUUCGAGGCUUUUUUUUUAUCAUGUUCCUACAGUAUAAAUCGAAUAUUAGCAGUCAAUAAGAGAGGAAUUUUUGUCUUUUUUCGACCCAAACUCAGUUUGAAAUUAAUUUCUACAAAUUUAUUUUUGUCAGAAAAAAAUUUUGUAAAGAUUUAUAUAAAAGGACGGGAAAAAAACUGGUCUCGAAAAAAAUAUCAUUUCUGAUCAGAAAAAAACAAUUUGAAAAAGAUUUAUAAGCAUUUUUAAUAAAUAAAAAAAUAGAGCGCAAAAAAAUCAAAUUUUUAAGGUCAAAUUUUUGGAAAAAAAGGGGGAUAAUUUUUUUCUUCAAAAAUAUUAUCAAAGUUUUAUAUUUUUCGUAAUUUUGGAAGUUUGAAAAAAAUUUUUUUAGAUAGGAAAAAUUUUUAUUUUUUUGGGAAAAAUUCAGGGAAUAGUUUUUGAUUAAGAAUUGUUUAUUUAUAGGUCCUAAAUUUUUUUAUUCUGUUUCGAACCUCGAACCUUUCACUUUCAUAAACUGACCUCUGGAGCUGAAGUUUUUGAUUAAUUAAUUAAUUUUUUUAGGUCUUCAACAAAACGCAACGUGAAAAGUUCCGCUGGGCGAUCGACAUGACGAACAACAGCGACGAAGAAUACAUUUUCUAA